AUGCUUCUGAUUUUGCCUUGUUCAAUCGUUAUAAUGACGUAUUUGUUUAUCUGUGCAAUCUCAUUUUUGCUAUAUGUCUACAAGAAGAGGAAUAACCAGCAAGAAACUGAUUUUGAUACCAAAGUUUGGAAAAAGCCAAAGCAAAUUACGUAUAAAGUUUUAGAUAUAUUUGGAAAGAUAUGGCAUGGUGAGUAAAUGUUUCUUUCAUACCAAUAAUUCAGCUACUAUACUUUCAUAGGACUGAGCAUCAGAAUUUCAGACUUGAGGCCCUGGAACAAUAGUUACCACUAUGGUUUUAACCGUGUGGUGGGUACACAGCGAAUUUAAUGAAUAUAUCAUUGUGUAGUGAGACUUUGAGGGUGCAAUUUUCUUCAGCAUGGUAAAUCACUAGGUAACCCUGAAGCAUAAACUCUGGACACAAACCAUGGAAUUUGUCAGCAAAGGAUGUGGUGAUGUGGUGAUGGCUGCUAAUUUGGAUGGACACUGUGAGAAACAGGAUGAUGGAAAACAGAGAGCUUUGGCUUGAUCAAGAGGAUCCAUCUUAUGUUCCCAUUGCAUCCCAGAGUGUAAUGUUGCUUUAGAUGUUGAAGCAUGAAUCAGAAACACAUUACUAAAACCAAGCUUGGGUCAUAAGGAUGAAACCCUGUGGCUACUUAGCACAUGAUCAAGGGUGCAUCUGUCUGGGAAACUGUUUUCUCACAUUGUAUAAAGUGAUUCAGAGAAUGCCCUGAAGAUGCCUGAAAUUAGAGCUCUUGAGGAUGGGGAAAGAAUGUGCAACACUCUGUACGGAAGGGUAAUACUGUUACUUCAAAUAAAAAAGGCUCAGGAAAAUAUAGUGUUAUAACCCAUAUGAAAGUCAGGGGCAUCUUAACCAUUGGCGCUAGGGGUGCACGGCACCCGGGCGCCGGGCUCUCAGGGGUGCCAGGCUGAGAGUCCAGGGCCGAGCGUUGGAGUCCAGGGAAGAGCUGCCGACAGCCGAGCGGAGCAGAGCCCGUCAGAGUUCGUCUUCUGCAGGCGGCUCUUCCCCGGACUCCAACGCUCGCUCCCAAACUCGCACCAACCUGCCCGCAGCAGAAGAGCCUGUCGGCUCUUGCCCCAGCUGCAUGGCAGCUAACUGUUUCAGUGCCAUGCCCGGAGCACCAUGUAACGUUGUGGGCGCUGCACGAUGCAUCCUGUUGCAUGUGCCGAGCUGUGGGUUCCUUUGCUGGUUUUCUGCUGUCGGCGCACGCUCCCAGCAGCGCCCAAUGAGAUGUGCCAGCGCAGAACGACGGGGAAUGCAAGUGGCAGCAGAGGAAACAUCUCUGGACGGGAUCCGCCACAUACCAACAGCGCCAACGGCAGCAAGAAGUCCUGACGAAUAGGAGCGCAUGGAUUCCAGCCGAAACAGUUAGCCGCCAUGUAGCGAGGUGUGUGGAGGCAGCGGGUGGACAGCACGGAAACUGUGUCGCCCAACAUUUUGUCCCCCCCUAGCAUGGAACCGGCACCCACCUUCGUACGCCCCUGUGCGUUGGGCGCUGGAACCCCCAUUAGUUGGCGUUCUGAGUCACUGUGUCUUCCACCAUUCUAAAGGUAAACAACUAUCUCCCCAAAAAAGGCAACAACUUUGGGGUCCCCCCUUAAAAAAAGGUCGACAACUCUGGGGAGCCUAGAAGCGCCGGGCAUAUGCUUAAGACGGCCCUGAUGAAAGUUUAAAGGAGAAUGAAACAGCAAAUCACAGUUUUAGCUCACUCAAAGACUAGGCAAAUUUUUUUCCACCUGUGCCCAAAAUUAAGCAAGGAACGAAGAUUCCAGCAGAGGAGAAAUAUCAUUUAUUAUGUGAGCACAACAGAGAAAGUCCUGGUCCGUGUGGAUGACAACCUAGUAUCCAGAAUGCUGCAACAUAUAGGAGAGCUUUUUACUUGAUCUUAAAUUACAGUUUUCUGAACCACAGUGUUUUCUUCCAAUAAAAGAUUGCAAUAUUCCAUUUAUUUUUCAACAAAAUAACAUUUAUUUAUUGCAUUUUAUAUUAUUUCCAGGUUAUGAAGUUUUUGGCAUGGAACAUCUCCCUAAAGGACCAGUGCUUAUUAUCUGUUAUCACCCAGUUUGUACUAUUGACUAUUUCUUCCUUGUCGCUAGACUUUUCAGGGAGACAGGGAGAGAGUGCUUUACAAUAAUUGAUCAUGCCAUAUAUCGGUUUCCAGGUAAGUUAUUAAAUUUAACUCAUGCUUUUUUACAUAAAAUAUGUGAAAUAUGAUAUAAAAUAAAGCUAUAAGAUAUAAAACAAUGCUAUAAAAUAUAAAACAGUGUAUCAGGCAAGCAGGUGAAAAACAACACAUGAAAUAAGUUGGAAACUGCAGGCUUGCUUUUAGCCAUUUACAACCUCAACCUCUUCUCCCAAUAAUGUUUCAGGCAUCAUAUUUGAAUCAGGCUGUUUCCAAUACAGCAUGUCAACCUGGGUCUAUGGCCCAUGAUCACAGAUUGCAGGAAAACCUGACCUGACCUCAAAACAGCUAUGAGAGUGCUUCUUCUUCUUCUUCUUUUACGCUAGUAAUUGCAAGACAAUUCCUUUGCUUUCAUGCAGAAAUUUCAUGCUUUCUUGUACAACUUGUCUACAUUCUUCCUCAGGGAUCUAAGAACUGAAGGAAUCUGGAUAAUGUGACAUCUGAUUUCUAUGCUGUAACUGAAGGCUCUCAUAUAAUAAUUGCUGCUGACUUUAAUACUAGAAUAGGACAAGGUUUAGGAAAAUGCGUCUCUGAGUUUAUGAUUUCCUCAAGUACAAAGAGUUUUGCAAAAUUCAGUCAUUAGUAAAGAUGGCUAUUCAUUACUGGAAAGAACAAUGCAAAGUAUGGGAUUCUGCUUGGGAGCAUCUGCACUAGCAAACCACCUGUGCAAAAUCCUCUGUGGCAGCUGGGACAGGGUGGGAGCAAAAGCUAAGGAAAAGGGCAGAAGCCCAAGUGAAGCCCCAAAGACAUGUCCGUGGCUUUCAUAGCAAGUCCAACCAAUCACCAAAUCUGCACACAGAUCCCAGAAAACAUGGCCCCACCCAAACACAUGGCCAAUCAAGCACUCCCACACACAGCUUUUAUGCCCCCAUGUGACUGCAAUCAAACACAUGUGGCACCCUUGUUGUAGUGUUCAUGGCCCUCCACUGCCACUCCCCCCACAUCAUCUUCCUCUGAUGACACCACAGAAAGCUCAUGGAAGGAAGGAAGGAGGGAAGGAAGGAAGGAAGGAAGGAAGGAAGGAAGGAAGGAAGGAAGGUGCGAGCCCAAAGUGUGCUCUUUGGGGGUAUUCCACUGGUUCAUUAAUGCAGCAUAUAUUCUCCACCCAUAUAUCUGUAGAUGAAUCUCUGCUGUUUUGCACCAGCAUAGCCUCCUCUGGGCCAUGUGUGUAUUUCUCUCUCUGUGUGUAUGUACUAUAUUAAAAGCUCUGCAGCAUAAAGGGAUUGAAGUUUUGGGUGGUGCAGCAAGCACUAUGGACUGUAUUUUUAUCAUAAUGCAAACUUGAAUGUACUACAAACUUGACUUGAGGAACCCAUUUCCAACAAGGUGGCCACCUCAGCACUCAACCCCACUCAAUGUGCUUUCCAAAAAAAGCCUACUGUUAGAACAUCUGAGAAAAAGAGGAAUUAGCAUAAAGUCCCCCUCCAUGAAAUCCUAAUUGAAAUGGAUUGGCAGAGAGCUAUGCUUGUGAUCCAUAAUAGUGCAAUAUCUUUGGAACAAUGACACUUGUAUUGUAGCCACACUCUUCUUCUAUUUGGGUCUUAUUUUGUCAGGGUGGAAGACGGCUUUAGAUGCGGCCGGGUUGAAAGAUUUCAAUAAAGCUGAAUCUGUGGAAAUUUUGAAGAAAGGCCAUUCACUGGGCAUUUCCCCUGGCGGAGGUAGAGAAGGAAACUUCAGUCCUGACUACAACAUAAUGUGGGGUAACCGCACAGGUUUCGCUCGGAUAGCUUUGGAGGCAAAAGUGGUGAGUGAUCUUUGUGCAAUUUGCAUUGCCUUCAGGAUUAUCCUAGAUAAGACGUAAUCUGUUGAUAUCCUUGAUCUAGCAUCCUAAGUAGUUGAGGAUGGCAAAUCCCCUGUUUGGGAGUCAAAUGAUAUCUGUAUUUCCCACCACUGCUUUUUUUUUGUUUUAAAGCUAUUAAAAUCAAUUACAUUUAAAAAGAAAAAUAGCUUUUUUCCUCUUCAAUUCUUGAAAAUCUGGGGGACAGCAUGUUCAAUUUGAAGUCAAUUACAUCAGGCUUGUCAUUGCAAUACCAGAUGGGGAGCAUUAUUCCUAGUCCUUAACCAAAAUAAAGGUGGAGCGGGUGGGGUGAAGUAAUUCUCCAGUUCUCAGCUACCUUUUGAUUUUGAUUUUUGAUUUUAUUCUUUUAGCCCAUCAUCCCUAUAUUUACACAAAACAUUUGUGAAGCAUACAGGAACAUUGGAAAGUCAAGUGAGUACUUUGGUUGAUCAAGAAAUCUGCUUUCAGGCAAUAAACAUUUUACAAUAAUAUACAUUUUUUUAGAAACAAAAUAUCUUUUUACUACUUUCUAGUAGAGUUUAUUCAGUGUACACUGAUCUGCAAAAGUUGUGCUGCCUGUCUCAGGACUGAGUGAACAUGUCCUUGCUUAGUUUUUUAUUAGAUUUAAAAGAUAGCUAUAAUCUAUAAAAGUGGUAGGAACCCCAGCAUGGAGAGGAACUGAGCAGGAAAAAUACCAUAUUCUGCAGUCUAUUUUACAACUUUUGACCUUGAUUUUUAAAGAGCAGAGAAGAGCUGACAGAAUAUGCUGCUUCUUCUUUUCCAAAGGACUCAUACUAUUUAAUGCUUCCUCUCUGGGAUGGAUUGACUGGAAUUGCUAUAAACUCAGAAUGCCAACUAAUUUCAAAUUUGAUAUGGGAUCGCUUUCUUACAGACUCUUUUCCCUUUCAUACAUAGGGCUGACAAGAUGGUUAUAUGAGAAAACAAGACUUCUCUACCUUCCCGUAUAUGGAGGAUUUCCAGUGAAACUGAGGACAUAUAUUGGAGAACCCAUCCCAUAUGAUCCAAAUAUAACAGCUGCAGAGCUGGCUGAAAAAGUAAGUUAACUCUACCCCCCCCCCCCGUUGGUUUCUCUUUUUCAGUUCUUUAAAAUGGUUUCUGCCUACUGACCAGAGAUCGGGUUCAUUAUAUAGACUUUUGUGCAUUAUGUUCAUCAGUCAGCUUUCCCUCUCCGGAACUUGUUGAGACCACGAAAAACCUAUGCAUUUUAUGUAGUGCUGCACAAAGAUCUGCUCAUGCAAUAGGACUUCUUCUGCCCACCAUAUGCCCCAGAAUCUGCCCCAGAGAGUUCCUCCAAGCCCCCUCCCCGGUGGGGGACCCAAUAAGCACUGUAUGCUCCUAAUCCUCACUAAAACUAUUACUGAAGAACUUCUGAUGUUUGUUUGAUUUAUUGCAACUCUGCACGUGAAUGUGACUCCAUUCUACUCUACUAUUUUACCCAUGCCCUGCUGUGCUGUUUUCAGGCAAGGAACCAGGAGGUGACUGUUUUUUCUCACUAGUCCUAUCAGCCAUUGCCAUUCUAAGAGAAUGAGGGAGGUGUUCAUAGUGAGUUCAGGCACCUCUUUUUCUGCAAAAAUAGCACUGAGCAUAGUGAAAUAUAACUCAAUAGCAUUUCUGUCAUUUUCCUCACAUAACUGGAGGUAACAACCAUGCAGCAAAACUGAUACGUUCCAAGCAGCCCAAGGCCAAUGUUUGGUUGCAUCUCUGCCAUUGUCAUACAGUGCUCUUGGUAAAAAAAAAAAAAAUCUGUAACUGGAAAAAAAUGGGAUUCUUUAUUCUAAUGGUUCUGAUCCCUUUAGCAUUUCCUCACAGAUAUGAAUAACUGUGAAUAUCCAUUUUGCAAUAUAUUGAUAUAAUACAAUAUUCCUUUGUUCUUCUUUCAACAGACAAAGACUGCAAUUGAAAAUCUUCGGGAUAAACACCAAAAAAGGCCAGGAAAUAUAUUAAGAGCUAUUUCAGAACGAUUUGAUAAGCAUUACAAAGCUGACUAG